AUUAUUAUUAAAGAAAAAUUCCGGGUAUUACAAUAGCAAUCGGUAGAGACUUUAUAUAGUUAUGACAUUCGUAUCUCCACCAUCUCAUUUUAUACGUCCAAGCAGAUAUUGUAUUAUAACGAUAACGAUAACCAAAAAAAAAAAUCUCAAGAAAACGAUAAUAAAAAAUAAAUCACUACUAUUUGCCAAAUUCUGCUAUUUUCCAUUCGUAAGAAAUUUCUUUCAUCUGUGGAGCAUGCCAAAACAAUUAUAAUGCUCAAGUAAAAUAAUUUAUUUCUUCUUUCAAAAAAAAAAAAAGGUUCUUUCUAAAACCGGAAAGAAUGUUUUUUCAUUUAAGAAACAUCUAUUUCGUAGAAACCUUAUGGAAGGGGGCCGGGCUGAAGCAAAAGACUAUAUAAGAGACCAUCAGGCAAAAAAGAACCCAUGGGCUUAAGCUUUCAGAAAAAACCCUAGCUCCCGCAUCCAAACCCAAGAAAACUGUGAAACGUGCAGAAGAAAAAAUUGCCAAGCCAACUCUGAUAAGUGCUAAGUUCAAUGCCGAGAAUUUUAUUUAACAAACCUAAGCUUGAUAUUAAUUUGCCUUGUACAUUAAAUUCUAUUUCUAAUUUCGCCUCUGCAAUCUACGACUCUUUAAUAAUGGCGGGAAUUUUUAAUUAUCGCAUUUCUAACAUUACAUAUCGCACAAAAUUCAUUGGCCAAAGGUUCCAUUAAGUUUAACAAAUGUCCAAACUCAGAACUAGUUAGCUAGCUAAAGGUUACCAUUGUGUAUCGAAGUUUCUGGUAGCUAUCUGCAACAAACCAGCCCUAAAAUCUCAAAAACCCUAGUUGAGUUACUUGUUUUUUUGAGUUAGAUUGCCGAAGUGAGGGAUUAUUUCAAUGGAAACAGGUGGUAGCAGUGAAAGUCCAAAUGAACCGAAGAAAAGCAAAUCUAAGACUCCAAGAAAGCCCAAAGAAAGCACUCUCAAGCAGAAAUCUCCUGCUGAGUUCUUCGCGGAGAACAAGAACAUUGCUGGAUUUGAUAAUCCAGGGAAAUGUCUAUACACCACAGUGAGAGAACUUGUGGAGAAUUCGCUUGAUUCCGCAGAGUCCAUAUCUGAGCUUCCAUUUGUGGAAAUUACCAUUGAAGAGAUGGGGAAAAGCAAGUUCAAUUCCUUGAUUGGUCUUGUUGAUCGGGAACGUGUAGAUGAGGAACUUUAUGAUGAUUAUGAGACUACUAAGGCUCGCGAGAAAAGAUUAGCAAAGGAAGCUCGUGCUCAAGAAAUUCAAGCAAAGAAUGCUGCACUUGGGAGGAAAGUCAAAGAACAGCCAGCUGCAAAGGGUAUGAAGGGCCGAGGUGAGGCUUCAUUUUACAAAGUCACAUGCAAGGAUAAUGGAAGAGGAAUGCCACAUGAUGACAUCCCAAAUAUGUUUGGAAGGGUGCUGUCUGGUACAAAAUAUGGUCUGAAGCAAACACGUGGGAAGUUUGGUCUUGGUGCAAAAAUGGCAUUGAUAUGGUCCAAAAUGAGUACUGGGCUUCCUAUAGAUAUCUCAUCAUCAAUGAAGGGCCAAAACUAUAUUUCAUUCUGCAGGCUGGAUAUAGAUAUUCAUCGGAAUGUCCCUCAUGUUCAUUUACAUGAAAAACGGAAAAACGAUGAUAGGUGGCAUGGAGCUGAAAUUCAAGUGGUCAUUGAGGGGAAUUGGACAACUUACCGGUCCAAGAUAUUGCAUUACAUGCGGCAAAUGGCUGUUAUCACACCUUAUGCCCAAUUUCUUUUCAAAUUUAUAUCAGAUACAUCUGACAAAAAUGUCACAGUUAAGUUUGCAAGGAGAACAGAUGUAAUGCCCCCGGUUCCCCUUGAGACAAAGCAUCAUCCAUCAUCUGUUGAUUUACUAUUGAUCAAACGCCUGAUUGCAGAAACUUCAAAGCAAAAUCUUUUGCAUUUUCUUCAGCAUGAAUUUGUGAAUAUAGGAAAGGCACAUGCUGAACGAUUAAUUGGGGAAAUGGGUCCUGAAUUUAGCCCAAAAAUGGCCGUUAAGUCUCUAACUGAUCAGCAGAUUGUUCGGAUCCAUCAGUUGUUUCGUCAAGCCAAGUUUGAUGACCCUGCUGGUGAUUGUCUUAGUCCUGCUGGGGAGUACAAUCUUCGUCUUGGAAUUAUAAAGGAGCUGCAUCCGGACAUGGUUGCCACUUAUUCUGGCAGUGCUCAAGUUUUUGAGGGACACCCCUUUAUUGUUGAAGCUGGUGUCAGUGUGGGUGGAAAAGAUGUUAAGCAAGGUUUGAAUAUUUUUAGGUUUGCAAACCGCAUACCACUUCUUUUUGAGCAAGGUGCUGAUGUAGUUACCAGGACUGCCCUUAAGAGAAUCAAUUGGGCCAGUUACAAGAUCAACCAGAUGCAAGACAAGAUAGGUGUCUUUGUAAGCAUUGUGAGCACCAAAAUCCCCUUUAAAGGGACUGGUAAGGAGUAUAUUGGAGAUGAUAUCACUGAGAUAGCUACUGCCGUCAAGUAUGCCAUUCAGCAGUGCUGCAUCCAGCUAAAAUCCAAAAUUAUGAAGAAAAUACAAGCUCGUGAGCAGCAGGAGCGUAAACGAAACUUAAGCAAGUAUAUCCCUGAUGCUGCAGGUGCUGUAUAUGAUGUUUUGAGAGAAAUGGCACAGUCACAAACGUCAAAGAGGAAACGUUAUGAGGACGAGGAUGCAGAAAUACUUAAGAAAGUAUCAGCACGAUUGAUUACAAAAGAUACACUCACGGAGAAGCUUGCAGAGCAUGUUGAAAAGGUGGACUAUGAGAUGGCAUUGGAGUACGCCACACAAAGUGGAGUGAGUGAGGAACCUAGAGAAGAUAUAUACAUCCAAGAACUUGAAAUUGAAAACAGAUUCAUUGAUUUUCAAAGUCCCUUCUUCAUUUUCAGACUCAUCUCUUAAGAAUUAUUGGAUAUUCUUUCAUUACCUUCUGCAAUUGUGUGGUUCACUAUAGAUUUUAAAAUUGUUGUUAUACAUACAGGCUGUUACAUUAUUUAACUUGUAUCAGAUAAAGCAAACUAGGACACUCUUGUCAAUGUCAACAAGGUGUUUGUACGAACUAUUCUUUUAGCCUUUGGUGCUGUAAUAUGUUCAUUCACAUUCACAGGAUAAUGAAAAUGAAUCUGAUUGAAGACUC